CGUCUUGGAACGAGCGACCGCUCAAAUCUCGAUUUUUGGGUUAACGAACCUCGCACAACACAACUUUCGUUGUUUUGGCUCUGUCUGCUUUUUACGAAAUCGUUACCAUCGUUAAUUUUAGGAAUAAAGUGUUUACUGUGUAGAAGAGUUAUAGUGUUGACACAAUCCUGUAUUGUAUUGUGAUAUUAAAUAUGUACGUGUUAGUACUGCAGUAAAAGUUCUUUUUGAUGAUGAUCAUAUUCAGCAGGAAUUUAUUAAAAAUGAUGAUUUAGGAUUAAGACAGGUUUGUGUUCAUGAAUGAAUAACCCAAAAGCUUGUAAACAAGUUUUUGGGUAGUGUUGGACCUUUCGGUGAAAUUUUAAAAAAUGACAACGAACUCUUCUACUUUGGAUGGUUUACCUAAACAAUUUGUAAACGCUAUGAGGACUUUGUUCGAAAUAAUGGAUGAUAAGCAGACUGGGUUUGUUAACUUUGCCGAUAUCGAAGCAAGAUGGCAGGAUGACGGGUCUAAAGGCCUUCCAAAAGGAGUCAUAGAAAGCUUACGAAAAGUUACACCACCAAACGGAAUGCUCAGCUUUGAAAGAUUCUGUGCAGGCCUAAAAAUAUGUCUGCUUAGAAAUCAAGUAGAAAGACGACCAGAUAACAGCGGAAAGAAUCAAGAGAUUGGAAAGGUAGUACCUCCACUAACUAACAGACCGCCUUCGGCACCGCUUCUAGACAUUGCGGAUAACAACCAAAUGUCAAAACCUUCAUGGGGUACAAAUUCCAACAAUACAGCCGCUAUUAGACCAAAUGUCAUUCCUCCACAACAAAACGUUACAAGGACACUUAGUAUGCCUCAAUUAAAGGAUCCCUUACAAUCUGACCAAGGAUUUGAAAAGGGUACCAAUUUGCCUGCAGUACCUCCUGUAAGUAAAGCCCCACUUUAUGGCCCUCCAAAACCACCAAGAACUGCUUUAGGGAUGGAGCGUCCGAAUCCCAAUGCUGGUGGUAACAUGGAUAGGGCCGAAAUAAGGACGGCACUGGCUAAUUGGCAAAUGGGUCUUUUGACUAAUCAAGAUCAAGGGAAUAAAGAUCCAAAAAGGACUAUAAAUGGUGCUGCGUCUGCUCAACCGGGUUAUACGGGCUUACUUCGCACUAGUCGAAGUUUAGGUGAUGGUAAAGCCGCAGUCCAAGGCGAUCAGGGGCAAACACAACCCAGCAGCCACCAGAUACAGGGAAUAUUCCAGAAAAAACCGAAUGCGAGAAGAAGAGAACCCAGAAGACAUACCUUGCAAAAUGGCAUCGAUUAUAAUAUGCUAAAGAGGAUGAAACAGAUUGAGCAAGAGAAAGAGGUGCUUAUGACAGGACUAAGUGCCGUGGAAAAAGCCAGGGACUGGUACUUAAAACAAGUAGCCAUGGUUCAAGAAAAAAUGAAGUAUUUAGGGCGAAUGGGUCACGUGGAAACAUGGUCAGAGACUCAACAAGAGCGCAUAGAACUGCAAAGAGCCAGAGUCUUGGAAGUGAACAUGCAUCUGGCAGCCCUAACAGAAAGCUGGGAAAGAGGUGGGUUACCUCUGCAUAUGAAUUUGGCAGUCCACCAUCCUCCACACGAUUUUGGUGAGAGGCUUAAACAGCAAAACAGAAUACUUACAGAGGAAGUAAAUAAGAAAGGUGAGAGAAUAGCGACUUUAGAGAAAGAAAAGGCGAGUCUCAUACAAGUUUUACAAAUGAGAUCUCAACCUGCCAGAUGUAAUGGUAACGAAGAAGCAGUAUUUUAAUUGAUCUUGAACACAUAUAGUUUGUUGUAGGAUAGAUAGGAAAUUGUAAAGAAAAACGAUCUUUAAUAUGUUUUAACUUGCAUUAUUAUUCUUAUAAAGUAUAUGUAUUUUUAUAAUAAAUAUUUAUAUAAUAUAUAGGUUAAUAAUGUAUAUAUCAAUUUUUUACUCCUUAAAGUGUAGUUACCCUGUUCAAAUAGUCUAAAUAAUAAAUCUUUAAAUUUGACUUUCUGUGCCAUUUCUAUAUACUUUAAAAUUUUAGAUUUAAUUUCUAUUCCAUAAUAUGUUGGUGCUGAAUUUUGUACAUUUUUUAACAAGAAUGCUUUUUAUAAAUUCAUAUUUCAAAUAAAAGUUUUGAAGUAUU